GGCUACCGUUAACGCAGCACCUGUUCAUUUGUGGCACGGUUCAGAUAUGGACACUUCUUGCAGGAACAGGUGCUGCGUUAACGAUACCGAGCGUUAACGAUACCGAGAUGCAUAAGUCUCGAGUGGCCUGAUAUAAUAUUAUACCCGCUUUCGGAUUAUGAACGGCGAUAAGUCGAAUUACGCGCGGUUUUGACUUUCGAAAUCCACUUGGCUUACCAAUAUAAAAUAAUAUAUAAUAUAUGAUGACUGCGGAAUAACUGUGUUGAGAAGUUGAAAAAAAAUCUAGAGAAGAGGCAAAUAAAUAAGUCAACAAGUCAACAAAUCAACAAGUCAAUAAAACAUGCAUUCAGCACAAGUUCAGUCUUGGACCCAAGGACCACGGUAUGUCUCGGUUGACAAUCCACCUGCACCAUCAGAUGGCCAAGUCCAACUCCACGUCUUGGCUGCUGGGGUUCACCAAGUAGUUCGCUCCCGUGCCUCAGGAGCUCACUACUCAGCCAGAGUGCUUCCUCACACCCUCGGUAUCGACUGUGUCGGCAAAGACGAGUCCACAGGCAAGCUCUAUUAUGUCUUUACUAUGCAGGGCGGCACGUUUGCAGAACGUAUCAACAUCGACAAGUCCAGCGUCUAUCCGCUACCUGAUCAUGUCGAUCCAGCAUCAUUCGCCGCGAACCUCAAUCCCGCCAUGAGCAGUUGGAUGGCUAUCACUCAGCGUACUACCAACCUGCCCAAGGACUUUACUGCCGUCAUCAUUGGUGCGACGAGUGCUAGUGGUCGCUUGGCCGUACACUCGGCUAAGGCGCUAGGGGCUGGCAAGGUCAUCGGUAUCGCGCGGAACAGCGAGACUUUAGCCGACGUUGACGGCCUCGAUGAUUACAUCGUGCUCCAAGAUCCGGUAGCCGAAACUGACUUUUCCAAAGCCCUUGGCGUUGAUGUCAUCUUGGAUUACGUCUAUGGCGACGCCAUGGUUCAUCUACUUGCAUCGCUGAGCCGGGUCAAGCAGCCGGUACAGUACGUCCAAAUCGGGGGUCUUUCUCAGCAUACUCCCCAAAUCCCGUCCCGUCUCCUCCGGUCCUUCGACCUAACUAUCCGGGGAGCGGGAGCGGGUUCCUGGAGCAUAUCGGCGCUAACGAAGGAGCUGCACACAAUGGUACCGACGGUGGCCAGCUGGAAGCUGACCCCGGCCUGGUCUGUGCAGCUUAAGGACAUCGAAGAGACUUGGAAUGAUCCAUCGUUAAAGGCCAAGGGCAGAGUAGUCUAUGUGCCCUAGACCGUUGCUUGGGAUAGGCUUUCCUGACGGAGAAGCUUUUUGUAAGAACCCUCAAGAAAUAAAUUGUCUAUUUUCUACCGUCUGCGCCUCAUUAGAAUACAUUAUGCCUGUCUAUGCAAGGAAUGAUAAUAAGAAAGGAAUUUACACGUAGAUGAAAUAACUUAAAAGUCUUGAUUAUACUUUUCCCAGCAACGGGACCCAUUCAACCGUCAUCGAGUUGAUGUAGUUUACG